UUGACCAACUGUACACAGGCACUAAUUACAGAUUGGCGCCCCAGGCAGCGACAACUAGAAGCUGUGCGUGCGUCUGUGGAACCUACAAACACACACUUAUCCAACUUUCUCAAACUUGGCUUGAACUCCUGGACACAUACUCGUUGGAACCUUGAACACACUCCUUCCCAGUGUGUGUUGGUCUUCCAGUAACCAUGGCUCAGUCUGAAGCUAGUGGCCUCAGCCCGGACCUCUCCAAUGGAGCCAUCAUCCACAGCCCUAUAGGAACCUGUACCAACCCGGACAGACAGAGACAACGAGAUGAAGAGGAGGAGGAGGAGGAGGAUAUAGAACUAGCCGAGGAGGUGUUAGAACUGGGGGAGGAGGUGGGCGAGGACAUGGAGUACAUUGGGAUGGCAGGUGCAGCUGAUCAUUUCGAAGUGACGAUGCAAGCUAGCGAGAGCGGAGGAAAGGAGGGAGAGGAGAGGGAGAGGGGGAUUGAAGAGGAGGUUGGUUUACAGGAAAAGAGAGAGGGAGAUAAAGGGGAGGGGGAGCUGACUGUGCCAGUUGUUGUAAUUGAAGAGGAGCAGGAGAAAUCUGUAGAGGCUGUUGAAGAAGAGAAGUUUGCUGAGAGAGAGGAGUCAGCAMGGGCGGACAAAGAGAGAGAAAUAGAGGAGAGAGAACCUCCUCUCCCCCCACCACCCCCUAGUUUACCUGAAACUGAGUCCAUUAAUGAUGAGGUAGAGAGGAAAGCCUUGGAGACAUCUCCAGAGGCAGAAAAGGCACAAAUCAUUUUGUCUGUUGAUGAGACAGAGAAGACAGAGGACAAUGUCGGUUUGAUGACAACAGAACCACCAGUCCCGUCUACUAAGGAUGAGGUGGAUAGUAAAGAAGAGCUGUGUACAGAGAGUCGAAAGCCAGAAACCACAUCCACUACAGAUGAGUUAACGAAGGGAGAGCAGAGUGGCGGUCAGGACGCAGAGAUGCCCAUCAGCCAGGUGACUAAUGAUGAUGGCAUGGCGAGAGUGAGUGAUGAAAGCGGGAGUCAAGUGACUGAGGACUGUCAAACUGUGUCCACUAGUGAUGAGGUCAGAGAGACACGGCAGGAGGAAGGACAGGAAGAGGAGCCUAAACAUCAGCCAGCCAAUGACAAUGAAGGAGAGAGUGAGGAAAGUAACAAUACAUUGGCAAAAAAUCGACAGGUUUCACAAGAAGAGAGGGAUGAGAACCAGCAGGGAAGUGAGAAGAGUACAGAGAAAAAAGAGGAGYAGGUUAAAAGCCCUGUUACAGAGGAACAGGGAGAGACAACUAAAGCAGUUUUAGAGAAAAAAGAGGAGGGGCAUCAAGCGACAGAGCACCAGCCCCCGUUGUUCGUUACCAAGGAGUUCAUAGAGCUUGGAGUCAUCAAGAGUCAGGCAACCACGGCUCAACAGCCACAGGAUGUUGUCACUCCACCUGUUGAGGUAGAGGGAGGGAGCAAGAGCAAGGCACAGCCACUGAUACAGCCCAAUGAGAGUCAGGAGGGUGAGAACGGCUCUAAAGAGGAGGGAMGUUUACAACAGACAGAACAGCAGCUACAGGUGGAAAAGGGUGACAGUGAUAGGGCAGUGAAGGGAGGUGGUGGGGAGAGGGAAGAGCCGCAACAGGUUGGGGAUAAUGCGGUGGUGGGGAUGGACACAGAAGGCAGCAAAGUAGAGGAGGAGCAAAAGAAGGAGGAUAAUGUAGACAUAGCAGAGGAAGAGAGAAGAGGUGGCGGUAUGGAGGAACAGACGGAAAAGGCUUUGGAGCCUGAUAAUGCUGCCAGAGAAGAGGGGGAAGAGAAAGAAGACAADGUUGCAGCUCAGCCACAGGUACAGAUACUCAAGGGUUCAGCAGGAGCUACACAGGAGGACGAUGACAAGGAUUUAGAGCAUGUUGAGGAGGCUUUCGAGCUUGAGGAGGGAGGAGACAUGGAGAAAGAACAGCCAGGAGAGGUCAUUCUGGAUGAGCCCGGAGCUGCAGAGGUGGGAGGGGCUGAAGAGAUGGAUAAUCCGGUCCCGGUCUCAGAGAUAGGGACGGGAGGAGCAGAGGGAGGGGUUGAGUUGGAGGAACAGCCAGUGACAAACAUUGACGAUAAACGAGACUCACAAUCAGAGGGAGCGAUUGAGAUGGCGGAAGAGCCAGAAGAUCUCAUUGAGGAUGAGUCUAAAUCUGCAUUAGAGGGAGGCAGCGAGAGAGUAGAACAGCCAGGGCCUGCCACUAAGGAUGAGCCAGUAAAGUUUGGGAAGGAAUACACAGCGAAGGAAAGAAGGAAAGAGAAGAAAGAAGAGAUGGAGCUAGGGGUCAAAGGUCGCAAAGCCAMGAUAGAGAAUGGGUUCCCUGGAACAGAGGAGGUGAAACGACAACUGCUGAAUGAGAUGCUGCUAUCUCCCACAAGGCUGAGACAAGGAGAAAUUAAAGAGGAGGCGACAGUAAAAAGAGAUAGGGUGACACCCUGCAGAGGGAGCAACGACUGGAUCAAGAUGGAGGCCCCAGAGGAGGCGCAGACCCGCAGAGGGAGCAACGACUGGAACAAGAAGGCGGCCCCAGAGGAGGCGCAGACCCGCAGAGGGAGCAAUGACUGGAACAAGAAGGCGGCCCCAGAGGAGGCGCAGACCCGCAGAGGGAGCAACGACUGGAACAAGAAAGCGGCCCCAGAGGAGGUGCAGACCUGCAGAAGGAGCGAUGACUGGAUCAAGAAGGCCCCAGAGGAGGCACAGACCCCCGAGAGGAGGGAGGACUGGAUUAAGAAGUUGUCUCCAGAGGAGGCGCAGACCCGCAGAAGGAGCGACGACUGGAUCAAGAAGGAGGCCCCAGAGGAGGCGCACACCCCUGGGUGGAGGGAGGACUGGAUUAAGAAGUUGUCCCCAGAGGAGGCGCAGACCCCUGAGUGGAAGGAGGACGGGAUUAAGAAGUUGUCCCCAGAGGAAGCGCAGACCCCCGAGAAGAGGGAGGACUGGAUAAAGGAGCUGAAGUCGGUGCUCAAAGAGGAGGUACUUUCCCCGAAGAGGAGAGAGGAGCAGGUGAAGAAAAAGAAGAAGAAGGUGGUGGUCAUGGACGAGGUGCCCACGUUUAUGCACCAGAGGACAGAGGUGAAGAUAGAGGUGAAGAAAGAGAAGGAGGCGCAGGAGGAGGAGAAGACGCCAAAGAAGUCUGUGAGGCUGCAGAGCCCAACUCCUCACGGGGAAGACAGCGACAGUCCGGACCCCCAGGAGUACGAGAUCUCCCUCUAUGUCAAGGCUGGCAGUGAUGGUGAGACAUCGGGAACUGUCCGUUCUCCAGCGCCUCUUCAUGCCUGUGGCUGAAGGGAGUUAUCUUCA